AUGGCAAGUCCUUCAGGUAUGUAAAAUGGCUUAAGUUUUGCUUGUUUUCAGCCGCACCUAAUAAUCAAGCAGGGUUGAAUCUGUGCUUAAAGUUUUGGUUGUUUAAUUAAAGGCUGCAGAUUUAAUCCGCACAUUAGUAUACCAGCGGCAAGUAUUCGCAUGAGAACGAUUAGGUUUGAAUGUCUGUUUUUUGUUUGUGUGCAUUUUCAAAAACAGAAACAGAGAGCAUACUUAACCCCCCUCCGCCUCCCCCAUCCCACUUACAACUUCGUACCAAAUACAGCAUAUAUACAUAUACCAUAUGACUUCCCUUCCACCGUUUUCCUGGUUCCUUUGCUUUUCUACUACUCUGCAUAAUCUACAUCUUUUUAAUCAUCCAAUUUGUUAUCUAUUAAAAACUCUUUAUCUAUUUCAACUCUGCUAGAUUUGCUCAAGACCUGCUAAGCUAUGUAUUUGUUUAUAAAAUAUUCAAUAAACAUUAUUCAUUCAAAGCUUUGGUUGAUUAAUUGAAGCCUGCAGAUUUAAUCCGAACAAACAUAUGUUAGUACCAGUGGCAAGUAUUAGCAUGAGAAGUAUAGGGUUUGAAUGCCUGUUGAUGGGCCAUGUGAGUAUUCUCAAGCUGUGCCCACCCCCAAAAAUCGAUACGCCCAUGGUUGGUUGCACAAUGUUUAGCUAAACAUUACACAAUAAACUUUCAGAUUUAUUCAAGGUUUUGCAAAACAAGUUCUAGGUAACUCCUUGUUUUGACUACACCACAUAUUCCUAAUGCCUUUAAUCUUUGCAUCUGUGUUUCAAUCUAAUAGCGACCACCAUGAGAAUUGGCAAAGGUCUCAUAUAUCUUGCACACAUACUGAGCACACUGAAUCAGUAUGCCUGCUGCUACCUACCUUAUCCUUAUCACAGUAUUCUAGAAGCACUGCUAAAAUAUCCCCCACCCCCGAAGAAAAAAUUGUAGUAACUACUUUGCCAUUGCAGGACUAUUGAAAUGGUGGAAUAAUAUUGGUUAUUAUAGAUAAGGCACAGUAUUUAUUUAGGUAAAGGGACCCCUGACUGUUAAGUCCAGUCGCGGACGACUCUGGGGUUGCGGCACUCAUCUCGCUUUACAGGCCGAGGGAGCCGGCGUUUGUCCACAGCUUCUGGGUCAUGUGGCCAGCAUGACUAAGCUGCUUCUGGCGAACCAGAGCAGCGCACGGAAAUGCCACUAACCUGCCCGCCGGAGCGGUACCUAUUUAUCUACUUGCACUUUGACGUGCUUUCAAACUGCUAGGUUGGCAGGAGCAGGGACCGAGCAACGGGGGCUCACCCCGUCGCAGGGAUUCGAACUGCCGACCUUCUGAUCGGCAAGUCCUAGGUUCUGUGGUUUAGACCACAGCGCCACCCAUGUCCCUUUAUUUAUUUAAUAAGCCCCAUAUUAAAUAGAUUUGUAUAACAAACCAUAAGUUGUUUGAGCCUCAGGCUUAUUAAAAGUGCUUUAAAAACACUGUGAUUUAAAUUAUUAUCCACUUUCUGUCAGCAGCUGCUUUUGGUUUUCCAGCCCAAAUUCCAUAAUCCAAGACCUCCUACCCAGUCCAAGUCUAGAACUUGACCGGCUUCAGAAAGCUCCUGCUUUUUUUGACUUAAAAUCAGAGACAUUAUGUUUUUGCCCCUAACAAAGCUUCGAAUGAAAAUUCCAAUAGGAAGCUGGGUGACGUGCGUAGUCUGUGUUUUAGUUUUGACACAAACAGCAGGAUACAGUACUUCAGUUAAGAAAAUCUGAUUUGUCUGAAGCGCAUAAAAAAACCAAUGUGGGUGCUAAACAAGAAGAGCAGGUAAGACACUGUUUCUUAAGCUAGCUCCUCAUGUGAUUAUCAGCUUAUCAUGCCAAAUCUGGAUACACCCAAAUUACAAAACAAGAAAGUUCAAUUGUGCCAAUAAUACUUGGUUCAAGGACUGGUUCAAUGUACAGUGUUCAAAGACAGUGCCUUUGUGAACAGUGCCAUCUGGCGUGAAGGUGGGGUAUUCAGGUAUCCCAAAGAGAGCUCUCCUUGGUUUGCCCACUUGAAAUGGAUUGUUUGACUUACUGGUAUCUUUCCUUCAAAAAUGAGCAGAUACCAAACAGAAAAAUUGUAAAGCUAUACUAGUAACUUUCCUUGGAGCCAUAUCUAUAUGUAUGCUUAAAGAUUAACCAGUUUAUUAUGGAAUAAGGUUUCUUGGGCUAGAGUCCAGUUCACCAGAAGCAUCAUUCUUAGUAAUCCAUGAAACCUAUGCAUUAAUACUGUUAGAUGCUUGUUCAUUUAUGAAAAUAAAAUAUAAAAAAAACAAAUAAUUAAAAGACAGGUGGUGGAUAAAACUGCCCCAAAGGUACACAAUAAUUUUGUAUGUGUGCUUUUCGUACACCAUUAUAUGGAUUUAUUUAUGUAAGAUUUAUACUCCGCUUGAUUGUGUGUGUGUGGGGGGAACCCUCAAAGCAGUUCUCAAAAGAUAAAACAGUAAAAUCAAGAAAAAAUUGACACAUCUCCUUUAAUACUAAUGCAACUAAAAUUACCUCAACUUUUUAUGCAUCUGGGUAGGCUUGUCUAAACAAGAAUGUUUUUAGCAGGCACCAAAAAAUAGUGCAGGGAAGGUGCCUGCUUGAGCUCAAUAGGCAGGGAGUUCUAAAGUGCAGGCGCUGCCAAAGGUCAGAGUUCUUACAAAUGCGGGUAUUUUGUGGCACCUGUAGUAAUGCCGGUUCCUGCAGUAAUGAGCGAGGCCUUACAUCAGGCAUAGGCAAACUUCGGCCCUCCAGGUUUUGCGACUACAAUUCCCACCAUUCCUAGCUAACAGGACCAGUGGUCAGGGAUGAUGGGAAUUGUAGUCCCAAACAUCUGGCGGGCCGGAGUUUGCCUAUGCCUGCCUUACAUGCUGCAGGCUGAACAGGUGUAGAAAUACAGACCACUGCUGCCUCCCUCCCUCAGUCUUUCCACUUCAUUCAAAGAACACCUCCCUGUCACUGCCUACGGAAACGCUCGGUGCCCGUUUUAAAAAGGCGCCCCAAACUACGCCUCGCUUCGGACCUCUCGGGACUACGCGCGAGACUACAUUCCGCCCCGAACGCAAAAAGCGCUUCCCUCUAAGCAAGCCCGCUGUCUCUUUAAAGAAUGAAUCGGGAUCCGAUUUACGCUAAAUACCCGCCUUCCCCGCCUCUGCCGCCCAAUCCGCGGGGUCUUCGUGCCGAGACGGAGGAGCCAAUGGGGACGCUCCACGAAGGGCAGCGCCGUAGGGACGUGGCUGAAGGCGAGAGCCUUGGUAAGUGACAUGCCCUCCCGGCCAAUCGGAUCCAGGCGUGAAUCCAAGGGCGGGAAGUUAGUACCCGCCGGAAUCAAUGGGGUAGGGAAGCACCCGAGCGUCGGAGGCGGAGCUCGGGCUGGGAAGAGAGGCGGCGGAGUGGGUGGGCGGCUGGCGGCGCCGACUCUCUCUCUUUCUCUCUCUCACUCACUCUCCUGAGGGGCACGUGACAGGAGCCGCUGGGGCUACUACAACCGAGUGCUUCGGCGGGUGGGGUGCGCCGAGAGGUGAGCAUUCCAGUCUGCCCCCCCCUCAAAAAAUGAAACCAUCCCUCGAAUCCGACAGGGUGGAAUAGAAAAGGCCUUUUGGUGGGCAGCCCCUCACUCGCCCGCGGAGAGAAUGCCGGGACUCUGGAGGGGGGCACGUUGACCCUAGGGAGGGCGGUGAGGGGUGGGUUGUACCAUUGCAUGUAGGGGGGGAGUAGGCCGUGGGGCUUAAAAGAGGGGAGAUGAGAGUGACGGGGGAGGGGGCCAGUAAGGCCUAAAGUGUCUGGCCAGGUUGUGGGGUGGGUAUUGAUGCGGGGGGUUCGCAAGGUCUGGGCGGUUGAGUCUUUUUGGGGGGGGGGCAAGGGCCCGCCAGGAGCAGCCAGGCCUGGCCUGCUGGGGUUUUCUAUCCUUUUUGGGGGGGUGCAGAGGAAGGAGAGUUGUCGCAGACGCACCGCGAGUGGGGAAGUCGGGCCUUCCCCGUUAGGUCAUGCUGUGGCAACGCCGUGAGACCUGCUCGCGAGUAGCACAUGCGCGGUAUGACUAAUCACUUGGUAGGUCUGCGCGGUCAUGCUUUGGAGUUUUUUUGGGGGGGGCGCCUCCUCCGACUGGGCUGGGGACACGGGGCGUCGAAGGAGCCCACAGUUUCUCACGUCGCGUAUUCUUGAACAUCAGAAAAGGAAGAAGGGAGAAAUGUGGCGGUUGUGGGAGAGGCCUCACCGCAGGAACCCUCCCUGCCCCCUGUUGGGUUUAAAGAGUAUGCGUGACUUUGUGACUUAUUUUGUGGCGCUUUUUCACAUGAGGAAAGAACAUGGGACAUGGGAGUGGAUUUGGCACAGGCCAGUUUAAUAAAAUGGAGUAUAAGUCAUGUAUGGUGACGUUUGAAUGGAUUGAUGACUUGGGAACGGUUUUGCACAUUUUGUUGCUGCAUAUUUUCUAGUGGGCAUUCUCAAAACUAGAAUUUAAGCUAUUUUAGUGCUGAACUACUUAUGCAGAGUACCAGGGCUCCCAGGACACAUAUUCUGGAAAUAAUUGUGUGGCAGGGAAAUGUGCAACAUAAAAUAAUUGAAGUUAAAAUUAAGUCUUAAGACCGGCUUGUACUUAAUAUAGAUUACUGGCAACAGUUGCGUGAAUGUGAUUAUUUUUUUUUACUGGAAUUGGGUAGUCAAAGAAGAUAAGGGCAAAAGUCCUGUCUGGUGUGAAGAAGGAAGUGAUAAUUUUGCAAUGUGCCAUGUGAAAGCAGAAAGAGGACAAAGGUGAACUGCAAAGGGAGGGUAAGGAAUGCUCUAAACUAUAGAGGCCUUGAACUUCAAAUGAAUAACAUGCACAUGAAAGUUACCAGGUUGCUUUAGUGUAGUAACUUAUUGCAGUUCAUACAAUACUAAGGGGGGAAGUAUUGGGGUAUUAUAUUGGCACAAGUAGCAACAAUUACUUAUGUUGCAGUUAUGUUGAACUGAAAAUGACAGAAAUUUCCUAUAUAUGUUAAGAGAGUUUUAGGUGUUGCCUUAAACACGAUUCACUGCCUUUAUUUGGUAUGGAGUUAAGUUAACUGGUGGGUGUGGUGUCCUAAAAUAACUAAAAGCUGAUUUGUAUGUAAAGGGACAUACAGUGUGUGAGUCUGACUCCAUUGCCUUCCUACAUUGCUGCCCCAUUGUUCACACUCAAACUAGUUUUCCCUUCUUGCCCUCCCUCUUAGGAGACAUCAAGGGGCAGCUGCUAUUGGCACCCUUCUAAUCUUCUGUGAUGUAGUUCUAAGGGCUGCUGCUCUCCUUCAAGACUGGUGCUGCAGGCUCCAAAGCUGGAAGGAAGAACAGUAGCUUGGAAUUUGCAUUUUGGAGGCCUUCUGUGGCACCUCAAGCAUGAAGCCCCAUCUUAAAAUAGAUUAUGUGUAUCUCUCCCCCCCCCUUUUUUAAAAGAAACUCAGAUAUAUAAGCUCGGUGCCAAAUGGCUUCCUAAACCAGGUUUACAGUCGCCAAAGUGCAAUGCGUAGUUGCCAUUUUUGUGCCAGACAGAAAUCAUUUUUCAAUAUGACUUUUUGGUUCCUGAAAUUCAUUCUGAAUGUGAAGAUAAAAUACAAUGGAUAGAAUUGUACAGGAUGCAUUGCUAGUGUGUAAAAAGAGUCCUGAUCCAACGAUCCCCAGGUAUGCACCUCCAGAUCGUGGAGAUCCUGAGGCAACUUAGUCACAAGUGGCCAAUAGUCAGGUGCAAAAUGUACCUGGCGAAUGGUGAAUUUCGAAUGCUGGCCACAAAUACAGCUGAACUGUACCUCCCUUAACAACUGUUCAUUGUUAUUUAUGGAGGCUCGGGUCACAGUUAGUGAACCAUGGUUUUAAAAUAUUGAUGACUUGCUAGUUCAGUGGAGUGCAAACUUGAAUGAAAUCUCUCCCUGCUAGUCAGCCUAGUUUGAUCUAAGAAAUACACUUAAUGUGGAACCUAAUAUCCUCUGUAACCCUGGGUAAGGGGUUAGGCAUUAUUAGUACAGUGGUACCUAAGUACUUAAUUCAUUCCGGAGGUCCAUUCUUGACCUGAAGCACCACUUUAGCUAAUGGGGCCUCCUGCUGCCCCUGCACCGCCAGAGCACGAUUUCUGUUCUCAUCCUGAAGCAAAGUUCUUAACCUGAGGUACUAUUUCUGGGUUAGCGGAGUAUAUAACCUGAAGCGUAUGUAACCCGAGGUACCACUGUGCUGGGUAAAAUCUGGCCUGUAAAACAAUUUUACGACUCACUACUGCUGCACCAAAUUUAAAUAAAGGUGAGAGUUACAUGAGAGAAUUUAUAUGGGUUUAAUAAUAAUAAUGUCAGAAGUGUUCUCAUUUUUUUCACUAGGACUAGGGCAGACGAGGCAAUAGCCCCUUGAUAUUUUAUUUAUUAAAUUUGUAUACCACUCUCCAUCCACAGAUCUCGGGGAGGUUCACAGCAUAAAAUAGUUGAGUGCAUUUCGAUCAUUGUAUGUUGGAAAACCUGGUUCAGAAAUAAAGACUAAAAAACUACCCCCCCAUGAAAUACUGUAUUAAACUGUAUAUUGGGGGGGGGUGAUUUUGUAUGUCGGCUUGCAUUUAGAAUAGAAAAAUUUAGAUUCGAAGAAGAUAAAUUUGUCCAGCUAUUUUCUUCUGCCUCCUGGUUUCAUAUUAUGCCAAAGUACUUUAUGCUGCUCUAUUUUAUCACACUGUUCUCAGCACAGAACCUCCCAGUGUGUUACUAACUUCACAUUCUAUUUCUGUGAGCGGUAAUACACACAUUCAGAUACCAACAACUGUACUCUCUUCAGUAGCUGUGAACUGUUUCAGCUAAACCUGAAAAGGCACUACAUGGUAGCUCAUAACUUGUUACAAAUCUCAUUUGUAAUGUAUUUGCAAACAUGCAGCUUUUCUCAAAAGAACAGAUAAAACAAUCUGCAAACACUUGCCCAUGUACUCUUAAUAACCUUUAACAGUUAGUGCUUGGUGUGCACAACAUAAUAGUAUUUGCUUUAAUUACUUCAAGACAAGUUAUAGAAGAUAUAUAGAAAAGGGGCAACUUGGAUGUUAAAUAUUCAUGUGUGUAUUUUAAAAACUUCCAGUGUUUGCCAAGUUAUAAGGAGAUUAAAAAAAGUCAAGAAUUCUUCUUGGAAACUCGAUCCUCUAAAAGGUCUCAUAAGAAUUGGUUUAUUCCCCCCCCCCCUCGCAACAGCCAGCCAUGUGCCUAUGGCAUACUUAGAAUCAGAACAUGAAGACUACCCCUUUCCUAUUUAUCCUCAGCGUUGGAUAUUCAGAGGCAUAUUGAUUCCGAAGAGACAGGUUCUAUCACUCAAAUUAAAACUGUCAGUUACCUCUAGUUCUGUAGGAGCUACACAUACCCUGAUCUACUUUGUAGUUAGUACCCUAAAUUAAAUGCUAAAAGCAAAUUAACCUGCUUGCUGUGUAGGCCUUGGUUCUUUUUGCUUAUAAGGCUAUUUUUCUAAUGGCAGAAGGACAGAAGUGUUGGUUACCACUUGAGCAGACUAAUUUGCUUUUCUUCUGCAGGCGACAAAUGCUCAUCACAGUAGAAACAAUCUGUUUACAAAGCAGAAUUUGCUGGAAAGCCAAAUUAAUCAGCAGGACUGUCGUAGAUAGGAAAACAAACACUUGGUAGUAAUAUCCACAAAUCAGAAUAUGAAGGGAGUGUAGCAGAAUACAUUUAAAAGACAGAAAUCUCCAGGUUUUCCUGUAUUCAGUUUCAGCUGAGGUGUUGACUCUAGCUAAGCAUCACUGCCCUGUAGAUGUACUUGAGCUAAGUACUUGCAUUCUGGAAGCAAAUGUGCAUCUCAGCUAUCCAUUUUUGGAUGUUCUCCCCCCUCCAUAUAAGACAUAGUCUGAGUGAAGAGGCAACAAAAGUUGUACAUCCCUAGGAUUAUAUCACCUCUACAAUUUGGCUUGCUCUGUGCUAGAAUGUUGGGGUCAUGUCCAUGUUUUGACUGCAAGACCUAAGAAAGACUCAGACUUCCAUGUACUAAGGUCUUGGAUUUUGUGUAUUACAGCUUUCUCUGUAGCAGAAUUCUCACUAAUGUGGGAGUAGGCUAAACAUUUUGGGAUAAGACUGUGCCCCAAGCAUCUUUGUAUUUAUUAUAGAAACAAAAAUGUUGUCAUUCCAGUGAACCGGUCUGCAAGCAUAUGUCUGUAGCUUCCUUUGCGCUUGAUUUUGGACCCCUUAGGAAGUACUGGAAUCCCACCCCCCUUUUCAGCUGAGACCUGUGGAUAUAGGGUGGUAUACAAAUUUAAUUUAAUAAUAGGCUCUGGAAACAGUUUAGAACACUAGAAAGCUUAACAAAUGUAUGAUAUAAGAUACAUGAGAGUGCAUGGCAGUCUCUUCUGUUCCCUGGCACUUGGUGAAAUGAUCAACAUCCAGGCUGUUCCCUCCAGAAUGUGGAGUUGGAAGGAGCUGUUUGUUGCUGGACAUGGACUGGCUAAUGGGAAAGAUGCCAACCCCCGUGUCUUACCCAUCACUUCCAAAUUGGGGCUGAGUGCAAAAAUGUUUCAUUUUAAAAUCUUCUAAUAUAUGGUGGUCUAAUAAAUGUGCACCAAAUACCUUGGGUUACAGCCACUUCAGGUUGCAUCUUUUCAGGUUGCGGACCGCCAAAACCUGGAAGUACCGGAACAGGUUACUUCUGGGUUUCAGCGGUCACGCAUGCGCAGAAGCGCUAAAUUGCGCUUUGAUCAGAAGUGCCGAAUUGCAACCCGCGCACGCACAGACGUGGGUUGCGAAUGCUGCGGGUUGCAAAUGUGCAUCCCGCACGGAUCACGUUCGCAACCCGAGCGUCCACUGUAUUAGCUUCCUUGUUUUUUCAGAAAUAACCAUGUAGGGGUGAACUUCAAAGCUCUGGUUUUUGGGGGAAGAGGUGUACUAAUGUCCCAUUCUCUCCUAUGUGUGAUAUUUGUCAUGCUUUUAAAUGGCCCUCUUUUCUGGAAUCCUAGAGAUAUGACUGAAGAAUUAGUUUAUAUCCCAUCUUUCCUCCAAGGAGGUCAAAGUAGUGCUCAUGGUUCUUCCCCCAACUUAUUUUAUGCUCACACAACCCCAUGAGGUAGCAGUUGGACUGAAAGGCUGUGCCUGUUCGAGGUCACCCACUGAAUUUCAUGGCUGAGGGGGGAUUUGAAUACUCAUCUCCCAGAAUGAAUCCAGCGCUCUUUGCACCACACUGGCAAUGUGCAAUCCUUUUUAUAUUUCAAAAAGCCCUUCUAGGUGAUGCAUGCAGACGUAUGCUGUAAACAUUUGUCUUGCUUAGUGGUUUUAUUUAGUAAAAGGCUACUUUUCAUAGUUCUUGUAAUGCAGGGGUAGUGAAUUAGUUGGCCUGAUUUGACUCACCAAGCCAUUUUCAAAAGACAUCAGCCUAUGCCGAAAUAGACUGGUGGUGGUAUGUUCAGUGGUAGCUUCAGCUAUGGUGGUGUAGAACAAUCUGCCACCAUGACGAACAAUCGGGAACCCUCUGGGAACAGGAAGAGGCACUCUGAUCUAUUCCAGUGUUUCACUAGUACUCUGGUAUACUCCUUCCUUUUUUCUGAGCACUCCAAACUGCUCUCAAUGGUAGCAGGCUGUUCUGCGCCACCACACGGAAGCUGGAGGAAGAGAGACUCACCACUGCUCUGCUAUCUGUGCUUUUCACCAUAACUGCUGUUGGUACUCUCAGUAGAGCAAGGGAGCAUGAUGGAAACAAGUGCUGGGGCAAUUCCUUUCAGCUAUUGAUGUUGCUAGUGCGGCAAUGUGUAUUGUAUAUAUGGGAGUGUGUAGGUGGGUGUCUGCUUUAAGUUUGGCCAUGUGUACCUGGCUUGCGGUGGUCCACUGAGGUUGGCCAUCAUUGAAUAGUGCCUUUGGACAAAAAAAGAAACUAGUCACCCCUGAAGGUUGGAAAGAAAUGUUUAUGUAGCAGUAGGCAGAGAUUUUCAUUGGCCCAGAGGUAAGACCAUCUGACCAGUGUCUCCCUCUGUCUCUGCUCCCAGAAUAUCAAUGACAAUAUGACAAUAAUAGCAUGAAAACAAAACAUGAAAAGGAGACAAGACGGAACUUUGUAUAAAAUGCAGGUUUGCUCAUAAGACUGGAACAGCCACCAAAACCUUUUUUUUUUUUUUAAAAGUCUUUCAGUUAUGAAACUUAGAGAAAUUGAUAUGCUUGUUUCUAGUAUGGCGUUCUUGCUGCUAGUUCUGACUCAUUCAUACUGCAUUAGCUUUUGCAAGCCUCUCUACAAGUUUUACUUGUUUGGUUGUGAUAAAUCUCUUCAUUAUUUGAAGUGAAGGGAUGGGGAGGAGCUCCUGUAGUAGUAUUAAAAGGAACCAGGAAGUUGCGUCUCCAUGGAACCAGCACUGAUACUUUACCUUUUUCCUCCUCCUGUGCUUGUCUAUGUCAAUAUUACACGCCAGAAGUAACCAUUUCAUACUGGAAGCGUGUGUUUUCAGCAUGGGAGCCGUGGUGAGAAGCUUAAGCUAGUGAAGAAGCCAGUCAGGAGUUAGAACAUGGCAAGGCGGAGUUCCUGAGUGAUCUUCAAAGCCAAAUAAGGAAGGGGGUGGUUGCUAUGGGGACUGCUUCCUGUUUCCUCUUGGGUGGGGGUUCUGUGUGCUGUCCCAUGGCAACAGCCCCUUACUUGGGCGGGGUGUGUGUGUGUUGUUUGGAUACAGUAGCCUCUCCUUCCUGAUAUUUGUGGUCCACCCUUGGGACACCUGAUGUCUCAGAGUAUGUGCAGAGUGCCUUUUCAUUUUCAUGCCCUAAAUUGCUGCCAGUUGGGGCUGUUUAAUAAUCCUGUUUUAGUUUUAUUUUACUGGGUGCCACCUUACAAAAAACAUUUAGCAGGGCAAUGAAUGACUAAAUUUUUUUAAAAAGUCUUUUCAAAGCUCUACUGUUCAAUUUUUAAGCCUUUAAAAAAUGAUAGGCAGAAUGGCUAAAUUACAAAACAACACAGGAUUUUACCAGGUAUCCCACAGGGGAGUAAUCGCUUAAGAGAACUUGGGACUCAUAAAGGUUGAAAACCACAGGUCUACACCAUUAAAUAGCAUUUUUGUGCAUGUAUUGGCUGGGACCUAGUGAUGAUCAGAGAACCAUUUUGGUAGCAUAUGCCUAAUAGUGUGCAUAUAUGUUGAUUUAUGUUGAUUAGCCCUUUCCUUUGCUGGUAGGCGUAGUGAUAUUUCAUGCUCAUUUUUUACCCUUAUGCAUAGACCAUGAAGCAGAAGUGGUUGCUGUGUGCAGCAUUGCUGUUAGCUGGAGCCUCUGCUAUCCUGGCACAUGAAACUCACGAUCACGAUCAUGAUGACGACGACGUAAUAGAUAUUGAAGAUGACCUUGAUGAUGGCGUUGAAGAGGUAGAAGAGUUGAAGCAUGAAGCGAGCACUCCACCCCCACUCCCUAAGGUUUGUUUGAAUACUUAGAUCUCCAGAUGGAAAUUAUUAGCAAGUUCCUUCAUUCUGAUGAUUGGACCAGGUCUGCAGCUUUCUAGCUAUAAUUCUAAUUUUAACCGGCCCAUUAUCUGAGUGGGGUGCACUUUUCCAAGUUGUUGCUUUCCUUUGGCUGCUAGAACUUGCUUCUUGAAAAGAUGUGGAAAAUUCCUGCAUCCCAACUUAAGUUGCCGCACUGUCCAGAGAGGCUUCUCCUGUUGUUUAAAGCUUUGUGCUGUUUGCAUGGGUGUAGUGUAAGGAAAGCCCAUGUGGCGCUAUCCAUAUGUUUUGGACUGCAUCUCCCAACAGCCCCAGCCAAAAUAGCCAAAGGUAAGGAAUGAUGGGAGUUGUAGUCUGCUAUAUCUGGUGGGCGCUACAUUGACUGCUGUGGUGUUAGUAAAUAGGGAUGCUUGGGGAACUUAUUCUUCUGAGUUCUAGUUUGAACUGAUCCAUUCAAUGUCUUCUGGAUGACUGUGUGGAUCAGAAGAUAGUUUUCCUUGUGUGAUAUAGUUGUUGGGCCUAAAAACAAACCUGACUGCAUGGAAAAAUGCAUAUAUGCUUAGAAAUGCUUAUUUAGUGAGAACACAUUCAAAAACAUCUGUUUAAAUCUGGUUCUGUGCAGAUUAAUGUGGAAAUUGGACAGAGCAGGCUUUGUCGACAUGUGAAUGUGAUACAGAUGAUAUCAGUGGGAAAGUAGCAUCAUGUACAUUGGAAUUAGCUAUGCUUGGAAACAGUAAUACAACUAUAUUAGCAGUUUAUGUCGCCAUCAUAGAACUAUACCAAAACAUUAUAGCAAUGCAACAUAGCUUUGUGCUGUACAGUGGUACCUCUAGUUGCGGACAUGAUCCGUUCUGGGGUGCCAUUUGCACCCUGAAUAGUCCGUAAGUAGAGCGGCGCUUCUGCACAUGCACAAAGUGCACAAAACGCUUCUGCAUGUGCGCGCGCGGCGAAACCCGGGUUUGCCACGUUUGCAAGCUGAAAAGAUGCAACAUGAACCUAACACAACACGAGGUAUGACUGUAUGCCUAGCUCUCUCUCAUGUUUGCCUUCUGGGCUCCUAGAUCUUUAAGGCAGAAGGAACAUGAAAAUUGAGCCAUGGGUUGCGUUCAUCAUAGUGCUGAAGAGAACAUUUCAUCAGCACAAGGAUUUAUCCUCCCACAUGCCCCCUAAAUUCCACCAAAACUCCAGAGCAGAUUUGGGGAUGGUGCAAGGGGAGAGGGACAUCCCCUUGUGGUAGUUCUAAUAUUUCAUUCACUACUAUCCUAUGAAUUGCCAGUGUAGUGCUACACUACACCCUAAGGUUGGAAUCUUCAAUAAGAAGUAAUGUAAAGCAAUGAGUUCAAAUUUCUAAACCAUUAUUUGUAGUCUUUUUUCCAUUGAAGAGCUGUUUCAGUAAUUCUGCUGUUCAAUACGAAGUGGAAUAGUUUGGGAUAUUAGCAUACAAACUAUGGGCAGUAUCCAAUAUGUUCCAUUAGCACAAGGACUUUUGCCCAUGCCACAGAACUUCUCCUGCCUCUCCUUUUCCCCAACCCCAAAUCUGGAGGUUCAGGAGGUUACCCCAGCUCUUCAGAGCCAAUUUGGAGAGGGAGGGGAAGUUUUAUUGCACUAAUGGAAAUACUUGUGCUGUCAGAACAAGUGCAUUGUGUACCCAAAAGCAUAUUUGUCAAUUCUACUUGAUCACAAAUGAUAUGAAUUGGUUUAUAAUAUUGUUCAAGAUAUCACUUAUCAAGGUAUAUCGGACAUCUUUCUCAAUCAGGUUACCUAUAAGGCCCCAGUCCCAACAGGAGACGUUUAUUUUGCCGAGAACUUCGAUAAAGGAACUUUAGAAGGGUAAGUUUAAGCCCAAGAGGUGUUAGUAGAUUUACAGAGAGAUGUUUCUGUUGUGUGCAUUAAAAGCAAUUAUAUCCCUUUUGCCUCAGUAUGAGUAAUUCAGUGGGGCUCACAUAACAAAAAAGCAAUUCUAAACAAAGUCAAAGCAAAAUGUACACACGUACUUGGCAGCAACCAAUAAUCACAGUGCACUACCAUGCAAAUACAUGGUAAAAUAUUAAGAAGCGGGUCUUCAGAUGCAUGUGGGGAUUAAAAGCAGGUCCUGGGGUCUGAAAAGGUUGAAGAUGUGUGUCUUAGGGCAUGGCAUUUCAAAGCCUAGGUGUUGAAACAGAAGGCCCUGCCUUACAUCUCUGCCGAAGUAUAUCUUAGUUAUAGUGCACCAAUCACAGAGCCAGCAGUUUGUUAGCAGUGAGCCAUUCAGUUGCAAGUUCUUAGACUUAAAUAUUUCAAAUGAUGGACAUGUGGUAAUAUGCAUAUUUAUUGAAUUUGUUGCAAGACAUACUAAUUCACUAAAUUAUGUAAUUACAGAAGAUAAAAAGGUGUUUAAACACAUUUAAGCUAUGCAACACUCUCAUAUCUGGUGCCUCAGUUUGCUUGUCUUCCUUUACCCUUCUUUCCCCCCUUCUCCUUUUUUGCUAUGUUUUUUAGAUUGUAAACCUGAGGGCAGGGACUAGCUUGCUUGUUAAUGAUCGCUUGUUAGCCACUCUGGGAACUUUUUUGGCUGAAGCAGUGGGGGGGGGUGAUGCUUUAAAUAAAAAACAAAAAAAACAACUGUUUUUAAAUUUUAGGUGGGUUCUAUCUAAAGCUAAGAAGGAUGAUAUAGAUGAUGAAAUAGCCAAAUACGAUGGUGAGUAUAAUGCUUUGCUUGGUAUUCACUGUAUGCAAUGACUGGGAUUAGUAGUGAAGCACAACUACUUUAACUGGCCCAGCCUCCUCCCAGUACUGGAUGGUAUUUUUGUUUAAACCUGUUUUAUUUGUUUUUAUAACAAUUGUUUAUAUUGUUAUCAUAUGCCAUGGGACCUUAUGGUGAAGGGUGGGUAAUAGAUCUUAAUCUCAGGGUUGUGGGUUCGAGUCCCACGUUGGGAGAAAAAUUCCUGCAGUGCAGGGGGUUCGACUAGAUGAUCAUUGUGGUCCCUUCCAUCUCUACAAUUCUAAGAUUCAAAUGUGACUAAAUCUCAAUUAAACCUUUGUCUUGCUGUGGCACUAGUGGCCUAGUUCUCACAGAGAUGAUAAACCUACAUCUGGAAUGUGAUUGCAUGCAUCCUGAUAAAAAAAUAAAAUAAAAAUAUUUUCCACAUAGAAACCAUCUAGCCUUAUUCCUAAAAUGUUUUUUUCUGUGGAAGAAAUAGGUUUUUUGUAUGGAAGAACACUCAGUCAAAUGAGCCCCCACUUGCAAAACUGUACAGAUCUUAUACAGAUUGACUGCAUCAGUGAGAUCUGGGCCAGAGUCCUGGGAGAGCAUUUAAACAUUUCUGUGAACUAUUCAGCAGCACUCAUGUGAAAAACACACGGCAUAAAGCUGGCAUUUAUAACACUUGGCACCUACCUGAUUCUAACAAUUUCAUUUUCAUGUGUAUAGAAUCUUGUUUAUUGUUAGGUUGCAGUUAGGCAGUGUUGUGGAUGAGUGGCUCUCCUGAGCAAAGUUCCUUGUGUGUUGUGGAAGGUUGUAUUUUCUCAUAAACUAGAGCUGUAGUUUAUUGCAGUCAGUGGUAGCUGAAUUGUGCGCAUGGGUUCUAAAAAUGGUAGAUAUUUUGUGCAAUGAAAUUUUGGCUGCUUAUGUAAAUAUGGUGAGUAGAAAUGACAUGGUGUGUGUGUGUGUGGUUUCUUAUGAAUGGAGUAUUAAAACAGCAAUGGGCUUCCUGAUGUGUUGUCCUGUUUCUUAAUAGGCAAAUGGGAAGUGCAGGAAAUGAAGGAUACUAAACUACCAGGGGAUAAAGGACUUGUGCUGGUUUCUCGAGCUAAGCAUCAUGCAAUCUCUGCCAAACUCACCAAACCCUUUGUCUUCGACACCAAACCCCUCAUUGUACAGUAAGUGAUGCUUUUUAUUUUCUAUCUAGCAGUGAAUGGGUGUGUACACUGAGCAGUUAAGUUCAGUGGAAAUGCACGCACUCACUGUAUUGUAUAUAGGCCUAUAAGGACUGAGCUCUGUGGAAGCAGGUUCUGCCAGUUCACAGCAAAAUCCGAUGAUUCUGUACAAUGGAUAGAAACUGCCAUGGGCCACCAACAGCAUACAAAUCAAUAUGGCUAACCUGAUCCAAAACACCCACCCACCUCACUCACACACGAAAACAAAGAUCACCACAGCCAAUCACAAGCAAACAAUCACACCCUAGGCCAACCCCAACCUCUCUCACCACCAAAGGAACACAAGUGAACAACACAAGCAAUGCUGACACCAAACUCUACAUACAUUAAACAUAAUAGAAACACCGCCACCCCACCCCACCCCCAUCCAUCUUCCCUCUCUCCACCCCCCCUUUCUUUUUUCCUUUUUUUCUUCUCCCCCAAUGCCUCAACAAAUGAAACGGAUUUGUAAAAAUGUUACAUGGGGGGAAAAAAAUACGAGGCAUUACACUUACUUCUGUAAAACAAGAAAAUCCUUAAUAAAAUAUUUUUUUUUUAAAAAGAAAGAAACUGCCAUGGGCUUUUUUUCACAACCAAAGUCAAAAUGUCUUGCCUUCGUCACAAUCUGGAAUAUAAGCUUGCUUCACUUGUAAUGUUCAAACCAUGGUUUGGCAGUUGGGGACUUGCUUCGGAUUUCCACUCUAGAUCUGUCUUUCAUUUGGUGCUUUGGGCAAACCAGUAUGUGCUGUGAUACAUGAAUUAGUAAAAUUAUGAUUUGUUGCAAGCCAGAAUUGAAAAACACGGCUUAAAAGUGGGGUUUCAUUUCUGAAUUGAGUCGCACCAAAGAAAGAAUUGAAGCAUAUGAGGUGAAAGGAGGAUGUGGUUGUUGUUUGAAAUGAAUCAUUGUCUUCAGGAAAAAAAUGAGGUGGGUUUUCUUUUGAAAAUGAGAGUAUUAUUUUAUAUUCCAAACUUAGGUAUGAAGUCAACUUCCAGAAUGGAAUUGAGUGUGGUGGUGCUUAUGUAAAGCUGCUUUCGAAAACUCGUGAGCUGAACCUGGUAAGUGAUGUGCGGACUGUUUUCCAGUUUCAUUCAUAGAGCUGUUGCAUUCUGAGUUUUAGCUCCUAAUGUGUGUUGGGCUGUAUCCACAGCUAUGUUUACUGUGCACUUACUGCAUUUCCAGUGCUGGGUUAUGAUUUUUAUCCAAAAUACAUAUCCUGUACUUUGUUAUAAAAUACUACUAUUUGAUGCAUUGUUUCUCCAGUCAGCUUCAGACUGUUUGGAAUCCUUAAGUCAUUCCUAAUUUGUCUGUAGUUAAGGUGUGCACACCUUUCUUUGCAUAGAGUAAAUGCAUCUCCACCUUCCCACCCUCAGUGUCUCCUGGUGUGUACACAAACAGAGAACCUGACAGUAAUGAAGCCACGCUGAUGUGAACAUCUGGGGGGAGCUAAGAAGUGCAUGGGCGGGGGAGGGAGAAUGUCACUGCACUCUAAGGCAGUAAUGUGAGCACACCUUUGGACUUCACUUCCAAACUGAGUAUGUUCAAGGACUAGUUGUGGCUGUAAGAGUAGUCUGCUGGCCUACUUAUCUACAGUUAGAGCAGUUUGUGGGUCUGUCAUUAUUCUCAUGAUUUCUGCGGUCUACCAAGUAUGUGUUUGCUGAAAAAUUAUUAAUUCCUUGCCUUUUGGAUUACUCUAAAUGGCACAUUUCAUACAUCUCAUAUGCUAAUACCAUGAAAAAUGCCCUUGAAUCGGUAGCAUGAAUUUCACUUUUUGACUAAGCAUCCAUGACUUACCGUAUUUUUCGCUCCAUAGGACGCACUUUUUCCCCUCCAAAAAUGAAGGGGAAAUGUGUGUGCGUCCUAUGGAGCGAAUGCAGGCUUUCGCUGAAGCCUGGAGAGCGAGAGGCAUCGGUGCGCACCGACCCUCUCGCUCUCCAGGCUUCAGGAAGCUAUCCGCAAGCCUUGCAAGCCCGGUGGGAGUUCCCGCGGGCUCACAAGGCUUGCAGGCAGCAGCCUGCAGCCCCGGCGAGUGUCCGCAAGCCUUGCGCGCCCGGCAGGAGGUCCCGCCCAGCGCGCAAGGCUUGGGGCUGCAGCUUGUCGCCCGAAGCACGGGGAGCCCUCCGGAGGGCUCCCGUGCUCGGGCAGUGUCUGCAAGCCUUGCGCGCCCGGCGGGAGGUCCCGCCCAGCGCGCAAGGCUUGGGGCUGCAGCUUGUCGCCCGAAGCACGGGGAGCCCUCCGGAGGGCUCCCGUGCUUCGGCGAGUGUCUGCAAGCCUUGCGCGCCCGGCGGGAGGUCCCGCCCAGCGCGCAAGGCUGGGGCUGCAGCUUGUCGCCCGAGCACGGGGAGCCCUCCGGAGGGCUCCCGUGCUCGGCGAGUGUCUGCAGCCUUGCGCGCCCGGCGGGAGGUCCCGCCCAGCGCGCAAGGCUUGGGGCUGCAGCUUGUCGCCCGAGCACGGGAGCCCUCCGGAGGGCUCCUUGCUUCGGGCGAGUGUCUGCAAGCCUUGCGCGCCCGGCGGGAGGUCCCGCCCAGCGCGCAAGGCUUGGGGCUGCAGCUUGUCGCCCGAGCACGGGAGCCCUCCGGAGGGCUCCCCGUGCUUCGGGCGACUGUCUGCAAGCCUCGCGCGCGAGGCUUGGGGCGGUAGCCUGCAGCCCGAAGCACGCGAGGCUUGGGGCGGCAGCCGCGGGGGGGGGGAUUUUUUUUAUUCAUUCCCCCCCCCAAAAAAAACGAGGUGCGUCCUAUGGACCGGUGCGUCCUAUAGAACGAAAAAUACGGUAUAAGUUGGUCGGUGCAGUGUUAACAGCAGUUUUUGAAACUUCAGGUUCCUGAAUUGCAUUAUUAAUACUCCUAACAAGGAAAGCCUUAUUUUUUGACUUUUACAAUUUUGGUUGAUGUAAGUCUGCUUAUACAGAGGUUAUUGAUUUCUAGAUUUGUAGAAUCAAAGUGUUCAUAAGAUGUAGCUUAGGAGCUUGUCCUGAAAGUUAACUUAUGCUGUGUGUUUGAAGCUUGGGCCAUAUUUAUAUUUUUAAGGAUCAAUUCCAUGACAAGACUCCCUAUACCAUUAUGUUUGGCCCCGACAAAUGUGGAGAAGACUAUAAAUUGCACUUCAUCUUCCGGCACAAGAGCCCCAAAACGGGCAUGUAUGAGGAGAAGCAUGCAAAGCGUCCUGAUGCUGAUUUGAAGAAUUACUUUACUGAUAAGAAGACUCAUCUUUAUACACUGGGUAAAGUAACCACAUAAUGGAUUUCUAUGUGAAAGUCUAGUGCAGACGGCUUUUAUGGAAUGUGGGAGAGGCUGUUUGCAACAAUGGAAUGUAUUGUAAAGCAGGAAGUGAAGAGUUUUUUAUUUCCUGUGUAAGAAACCUUUAAUGAUAGAACAACUUCCUGCAGGAGAAGAGUAGACUAUAAAGCAGGGAAAUGGACCUUCUUGAACCUAUAUUUUUAUAGGUUCUUUUCAAAAGUAUUCAAGUUAACUUUAUUUUCCUUGGUCAUCCUAGUUCUGAACCCAGACAACAGCUUUGAAAUCCUGGUUGAUCAAACUGUUGUAAACAGUGGGAAUCUUCUUUCUGAUAUGACCCCUGCCGUGAAUCCGCCACGAGAGAUAGAGGACCCAAAUGACCAGAAGCCAGAGGAUUGGGAUGAGAGAGCUAAGAUUCCAGACCCAGAUGCUGUUAAACCAGAUGAUUGGUGAGUAGCUGUUGAAAUUUAAGGAACCUUGGGAGAGGCUUGCUAUGACAGCUUUUUCUGAGAGUGGCAUGAAAAGAAGCAUAAAGGGAAGUAACUGGUGUGUAGUUUUUCUAGCGUAUUCUCUGGUUUUCUAGGUAAUCCUUAAUUACAUUCCCAUAUAUCUGCGUGAGCACUGGGCAGAGACUUGAUUGUGGUUGAACCUCAGGAAGGUUAGAAAUGGGCUGAGGGGAGUUGGUCUGACUAUUGUUCUGCAGAUUCAGUCACAAAUCAGCUGAAGUCUGUGUCUUUUCUGCAGUCUGUGCUGUUUGAAAGGCCUUGAGCUAGCUGCUGCUGAUCCCCCUGCUUUUCUGGCUCAGGGGAUGCCAGCAUGUAGCCCAACUUAGCACCUGAGAGGGGGAUGAUUGGAAGCAGUUGCUAGAGACUGGAAGAACCAGGUUUAUGGCACCACAUUUUACCUCUCAUGUCACCAUCUGUAACACUGCUAUGCUUUCACUUGCUGAUGACAUAACUUGGAAGGGAGUUUUCAGCACUUUUGCAAGGCCAAUUCUUCUGUGUUGCUUCCCAAUCCUUAGCAAAGUGAGAGUGAUAGUAACAAAAACAUAGCAGUAAGUCCAACUGCCAGCCUGUUAACUUGUUCAUGAGCUUGUUUGGCCUGGCUUGGUCCCAGUGGAUCAGUCACCUUUUUUUUUUUUUUUUUUGUGAAGAGGUGAAAACUUUAGUCACAGGCUGAGGAGGGAAAGGUGGCAGGUGGCAACUAAUAGGUUUUUCUUUCUCCUGAUGAACAAAAGAGGAAGGAGGGUGACUGUGAAUUGUACUUGACCCUGAAUGUGGGUGUUGGAUGCAAGUUGGAAAGACACACCAAAACUCAUGGCUCUGAACAGUCAAUUAAUUAAUUAAAGCAUGUCCUGGUUGCAUUUUGCUUCGCAUUUUAUGUUAUCUAAGCUUCUUGGGACACUAGAGGCGCUGUGGUCUAAACCACUGAGCCUAGGGCUUGCCGAUCAGAAGAUAGGCGGUUUGAAUCCCUGCGACAGGGUGAGCUCCCAUUGCUCGAUCCCAGCUCCUGCCAACCUAGCAGUUCGAAAGCACGUCAAACUGCAAGUAGAUAAAUAAGUACUGCUCUGGCAGGCAGGUAAAUGGCGUUUCUGUGCACUGCUCUGGUUUCGCCAGAAGCGGCUUAGUCAUGCUGGCCACAUGAUUGGGGGGGGGGGAGUCUGCGGACAAACGCCGGCUUCGUCGGCCAGUAAAGCGAGAUGAGCACCGCAACCCCAGAGUCGUUUGUGAUUGGACUUAACGGUCAGGGGUCCUUUACCUUUUUAAAGAGCUCCUUAGCCUCAGGCCAGGAGAGCCAGUAUAAUCUCUUUUCCCUGUCAGUAGAUGGCGGUGGCUGGUUCUUCAGGCACACCCUCUCCUGGCUUGCUAGCUACAGACAACUGGAGACCUGAGGAACAAGUUGAGAGUGGGGACAAAAUGGAGGACAACUGGUGUUCUCUAGUAGCAAGGCCUUAUUUUGUUAACCAUACUUCUCAUGCUCUGUCAGAGUGCUCCAAAUAGCUUAUGAUACCCUAAAAAUAAUAAAGUAACAUCACAAUUAUUGCAAUUGUAAAAGAUAUAACUUGGAAAUGAAAGACUAAACAGAAGGCAAACCAAAGCUUGCCUAAAGAAGUCUUUAUGCCCCUUAUCUUGUUACCAGCUGUGGUCAUGCAGGUGGGUCUCUCCAGCUGACCACAAGAGAUGGGCAGGAUCAAAGAUACCCUUCUUUUAAAUUGUUGGGGACAGUAAGGUGAUUCACUCAUUGAGUUGCACCCAGAAAUGACCUAGAAGGUCCUAACAUCUACAGGCCUGGAGCAACAUGCUCCCUGAAAGUGUUAAUGGUUUCUUCCAUCUUUUAGGGAUGAGGAUGCUCCUGCUAAGAUUCCAGAUGAGGAUGCUGUGAAGCCAGAAGGUUGGCUAGAUGAUGAACCAGAAUAUGUUGCUGAUCCUGAUGCAGAGAAACCAGAAGAUUGGUAAGUUAACACUGAUUCCACUUUGCAAUGUCUUCAAACUAAAAUAGUAACUCUGCUGGUGAUCCUUAAAAUAGGGGUUUUUUUGUGAGCAUUUCAGUAACCACAACUAAUAUUUCCAGAUGUGUGGUACUUAAACUUCUGUUCUGUUUUGUGUUUAAUAUGUCUACUUGGCAUCUAGUUGUAUGUGUGGAACAUAGCCUGAUAUACUUCAAUGUAUUCUGUGUGUUCAGGCUCAUUUUUUUCACUGAUUGAAAAACACAAUUCUGUUACUGGUCUAAGACAGACACUUGGCUUGUUUGCCACUUUCAAAAGCAGGUGAGAGCUAUUGCCUUAAUGUGCUGCUAUGGGCUUUCUGGAAAGCUGCUGCUUAGUCCAGCGUUCCCCAAACUGCUGCCCAGCAGCUCUUCUGAACUACAGGGGAAGGCUGGAUUGCAUGAACCCUUGGUCUGUACCCAUUCUUUGACUGAAAUGAAAUGGGGUUAUGGUCAUAGUGAACUUGAUCAUUGAAAUAUGUCACUUGAAAGACCAUACCUACUUGCCCAGAUAGUCAGCAAACGAGCAGGUUGAUGUUUGUCAUUUUGUAUGAAUGACAUACAUGGGAGUUGCUGUUGCACGCUCAUAUUAUAUAUGAUCACUCCUGGAGGACUUGAUGUGUAGUUAGUUCAAGCCCAUCUAGUCAUGGUUACAGUUGGAACUCUUUUAGAUGAUCAGCACAAAGAAAAAGAAUGAGGAGUUCAGGAGUAUGGAUCUGAAUUAAUAUUUGAUUAUAGUUGACUUGUGACUUCUUGCCCUGACUGGCCGAAGCCAGAAGUUCUUGGAUUUGUUUCUUAAAAGACUUUCUUUCAAAUGCACAAGUUGAUGCAAUCAAAGUCUAUUGUUCAAUCAAAGCUGGAGGUUGCAUAACAGCUUUAAGACUUUGCCUGAUGAAGAGAUUGCUCUAAGCAGCUGUUGAUAAGAUUAAUCAAGAAAGAAAGAUAACUGUGAAUGGAUUUACAGAUAGUGUGAUCAGCAUUGUGUUCCUCACACAAAGAAAGGUGCAAGCAAGUUGUGAAAUUUCAUGUAUUCCCAAAUUUUAUAUUAGCUAGGGUGAGAGAAAACUCAGAUAUAAGAGGAAUUUAGUAGUUGAGGAAAACCUAUAAGCUUUGUAACAUUACUUGUAUCUCACCAGCUUAGAGGCAUUGUUAGUGGAUGGUUUGCUAGACUGGAUGGGUGGAAUAUAUAUAUGUUUAGAGGUGGCAGUGGUGUUGGAAUUGGGCAUUUGGUUACCUGAUGCAGCCAGUGAGGCAGAGUGAGACACAUGACUUGCCUGUUGUUGAGUGGUAACUUGGGGGUAGGAGUUUACAUGUCCUUACUGGUGGAUGUUAUACGAGAGGUAGUGAGUGUUGGCUGAAUACAGCCUUCUGCCUGAAUUUACUGGCUGCAUGUAAAGGCAAAAAUUACUCUAGGUUGCUCAUUUGAUACAUUGGUGGUGGGAGAUGCUAACCUGCAGGUAGAUCUAGUCAGAGUAACUCUGAAAGUGUUGUAGUCCCAGUCAAUUUCUUGCUGUAACUUAUUUCUGCAGUAGCUCCCAGAUCUGGGAAAUUAAUGGCCUGUUCUGGAUUGAGUCUGACUCCUUCUUGAAAGAGUAGGUUCAUAGCCUGAGAAUGCUACUUGAGUCGUCUCUCUAAUUGGAGGCCCAAGUAGCUUUAGUGGCAAGGAGUAGAUUGUUGGCUACAGUCAUUCGUGGUUUGGGAUAGCCUCGCCACAGUCUUGCAAUCUCUGGCAGCCACCUAUCUCAACUACUCUAAUGUGCUGUUUCUAGGGCUAUCCUUGAUGAACGCUUUCUGGAAAUUGCAGCUAGUGCAGAAUGCUGAGUUUGUGAAAUCUGAUGGAGCACCUCUUUGCAUACCAGCCUGCUUGGGCAUUGAGUUCAGCGUGGGAGGCUUUACUUUCCAUUCCCUCAAUGGUUGAGCCUUCUUGAGGGUUGUUCCCUGCCUUUAGGACUCAUUCCCUGGAGGCACAAUUGGCUGUCUAGUUGACGUGUUCCCAUUGUCAUGGGAAAAGAUUUCUGUUCACCCAAGCUUUACAGUGGAUUUGAUUAGCUUGCUCUGGAUCAGAGGUGUUUGUUGCUGUUCCAGUUUAAUGUGCUUAUGUUGUGCUUUUUAAUGAACAUAGGUUUUCACUUCUGUGUUUUCAUUUUAUUAAACAGUGUAGAUUGGCAAAAGGUGGUCUUUAAAUAGUGGAAAUAAGCUAAAUUAUGCAUUUUCUGAAUUGUUGACACAAGUUGAUUGUAAAAUGAAUUUGAUUAAAUUUUGAAUUUAUUUGAUUAUGCUAAGGUAAGGAAUUCUAGCAUAAUUGGUGUAAUCAUUUUGAUUUUCAACACUGAUAAUUAUUUCUAGAUCAAAAUUUCUACCACAGGUCAAAGACCUUUUAAAUUUCUUGUUAAAAAGUAAAUGGAGUCCUAAAACAGUGUUACCUUUUUCAGGGAUGAAGAUAUGGAUGGAGAGUGGGAGGCACCUCAGAUUGCAAAUCCCAAAUGUGAAUCUGCCCCUGGUUGUGGUGCUUGGCAACGUCCCACAAUUGACAAUCCCAACUAUAAAGGCAAAUGGAAAGCACCCAUGAUUGAUAACCCUAACUACCAGGUAAAUUAUCUAGUAUUACAAAUUAUAUUUCAUACUCAUAUUUCAGGGUACAUUCUUUGUAUUCUGCUACUUUUUUCAGCUAUUUAAGACUAAACUAUGAUCUGGUUAACACAUAACACAGAGUCAUGGUUUGUUUAGCCAGAGUUAAUUUCUGAAUCUAGCACAUCAACAAACCACAGUGUGCAGUGGUUUAUAGGCUAAUAAAAUAUAGCAUUUUAAAACUAUGGUUUGGUGUUUUGUCCAAACCAAAGAGCCUCACUUACCCAUGGAUUGUUUGGCUAUGCCACACAAAAAACUUGCCAAGAUACAGGGGCAUAAGGCAAAGAGCAAUUGAAAAUCAUUUUGGCUAAACAAGCUUGGGGUAUCAUUAUGUGCAAAUACAGCCGUUACAUGUCGUAGUCUAAGAGCAGGAUAAAAUUAAAAUACUUCCAACAACGGUUUACUGAUGUGUGCCUGAAUUUUCCAGGAAAGGAACCUAAGUGGGUUAAGAAACAACAAAACACACAUACAUACAGCGAGUCCUCUUUUGAAUUUAGACCUGUAUCUAUCUCCAUAAAAGAGAGUUUCUAUCUACAGGAUCUAGGCAGUGGUCUUUCACAACUCUGCUUCUUGGAGAUGUGAAAAGCUGAACCUGGGAUUUUCUCCAGACACAGCAUGCGCUCUGCCAUUGCUCUGUGGACAGACAGAAGUGGGGAAAAUAGCAAAACAAGAAACAAAGGGAAAUAACAGUACAUUGUAUAUAUAGAUGUUCAACAAGAUUGUGAAUAUAAGCCAAGAAUAAAAUGAAGUAUUCUAAUCUGUUCAGGAAUCUCUGAAGGGUCAUUAAAAUGAAUUCUUGUGUUAUAAUUGUUCUGUUUCUUCAUCAGGGCAUCUGGAAGCCAAGAAAGAUUCCAAACCCAGAUUUCUUUGAAGACUUGGAACCUUUCAAGAUGACCCCCUUUGCUGCUCUUGGGCUUGAGUUAUGGUCUAUGACCUCUGACAUAUUAUUUGAUAAUUUCAUCAUCUGUACAGAUCGGGCAGUGGCAGAUGACUGGGGUAAUGAUGGAUGGGGUCUGAAGAAGGCAGCUGAUGGCGCUGCUGAGGUGAGAAAUAAAAGCUUUGUUUCUGACAACAGCCAGGAUAACAGACUAGAAUCCAAAUGUUAUUAUUUAAUUAAAUUUGUAUACUGCUCUAUACCCACAGGUUUCAGGAUAAAAUUGGAAUAUAAAACCACAAAAUACAUAAUCAAAAUAAAAACAAGGACAACCCAAUAACCCUUCCAACACAUUUUAAAAGGGCAUAGGAUGUCAACCAACCAAAGGCUUGGUUAAAGAGAAACGUUUUUGCCUGGCGUCUAAAGGUGUAUAAUGAAGGUGCCAGGUGAACCUCCCUGGAGAGAGCAUUCCACAGACGCGGAGCCCGUUCUCGUGUUGCCACCCUCCAGACCUCUUGUGGAGGAGGCACAUGAAGAAGGGCCUCAGAAUAUGAUCUCAGGGUCUGAGUAUGGAAAGAGGUGGUCAUUGAUGUAUUGUGGUCGUGAGCCGCUUUAAGGCUUUAUAGGUCAAAACAAGCACGUUGAAUUGGGCCCAGAAGCUAAUGGGUAGCCAGUGCAGUUGGACCAGGAUCGGUGUAAUAUGCUCACACUUACUUCGGUGAGCAACCUGGCUGCUGAAUUCUGCACUAGUAGAAGUUUCCAAACUGUUUUCAGAGGCAGCCCUACGUAUAAUGCAUUGCAGUUAUCUAACACUGAGAUUACCAGAGCAUAGACAACAGUAGUUGGGCUAUCCCUGUCCAGUUUAGCUGGACCCCCAAGCCAAAGCUGAUGGAAGGCAGUCUGCACCACUGAGGCCACUUGAGCCUCAAGUUACAUCAAAGGAUCCAGGAGUACCUCCAAACUAUAAACCUGCUCCUUCAGAGGAAGUGUAACCCCAUCAAGAACAGGUGAUCUCCCACCCAUCCGGUCUAGGGAACAACCUACUAACACUGCCUCAGUCUUACCUAGAUUGAGUUUCAGUUUGUUGGCUCUCAUCUGGGCCAUUAUCAAGGCAAGACACCGGUCCAGUACUUCCACUGACUCACCUGUAGAUAUAAAGGAGAAAUAGAGCUGAGUGUCAUCAGCAUACUGCUGACAAUGUACUCCGAACCUCUUUCUGUUUUUUGGUCAUUAACAGAUUUGUAUGUCUUUUUUGAGUUAAUAAACACACAGAUCCCACUUUACAAAUGUUCCCUAUGUGAAAAUUCAUAUCGAACAUGAGGAAUUAGUACCCAGACCUUGCUAUGCACACUGCAGAUUCAGACAUUUGAAUGGAGAGCAUUUUUUACUUACUUGUUUACCUGUGGCUGAAGAAUGGGGAGGUGUGAUUGGACAGAUCACAUAGCUUCUUUUAUGGGUUUUCCUGGGCUUUUUGGCUUGGAGGGGGGACAAAAUUCCAUGGUUGGGUGAUUGUUAGAUCUCUUGGGCAGCUAUAUUGCCUCAUAAUCACUGCUAAGUACAGAGAACUUCAUAGAUUUUGAUUUGUCUUCCAGCCCGGUGUUGUGGGUCAGAUGAUGGCAGCUGCUGAAGAGCGUCCCUGGCUUUGGGUAGUCUACAUCCUUACUGUGGCUUUGCCUGUGUUUCUUGUUGUCCUCUUCUGCUGCUCUGGAAAGGUGUGUGCUUUGGAAACAACUGGUUUCAAAAGUAUGUUGAGUAGGAUUGGAAUUGGAAGUGAAUAGUCUCUGAGAAACUUACUUGUGGAAUUCCUACAACUGUUUCAGAAACAGCCAAGUGCUGCAGAGUACAAAAAAACUGAUGCUCCUCAGCCAGAUGUAAAUGAGGAAGAGAAAGUGGAGGAAAAAGACAAGGGAGGAGCAGAAGCAGAAGAAAUACAUGAAGAAAAGCCAGGUAAGCAAAGUUGAUGAUAUUCACUAGUCCCAAAAUCACUAAAGCUUUAUCCUUAUAAAGUUACAGAUUUUAAAAUUUGAAGCUUAAUGUUGAAUUGGAGAGUAGGCAGCAAAAAACACAAGUAUCCUGUAAAUAAUAGUAAUAAAACCUUUUUACACACUUCAGAAGAAAAGCAGAGAGGUGAUGGUGAUGCAGGAAGUGCUAGUCAAGAGGAGGAGGAAGAGGAGGAGGAGGAGGAGGAAGACGAAGAUGAAGAAGAUAGCAAACCUAUUACAGAGGUAAGGGGUUUUUUUAAUUGCAAAGUUGCACUAGAGCAAGCCUGGAGGUGGUAACCUGUUUAUAAGAGCAGCCAGCAAUGCAGUGCUUCCUAAAUAUGAAUUGCAACCUCAGUGCCAUCAGUUGAUGGGAUCAUUUCACUUCAUAACCUGUGGAAUCAGUUUUGUGAAUUCUGAAAAGCCAGUGUAACCUUCAAAUAAAUUUUGAAAAACUUGUGCGAACGGGAUAAACACAGUUCUGUUGAUAUGAGUAUUGUAGUUUAAAUAAGUGGAUCCUAGUCCAGGGUUGAAGAAUUCAUGGCCCUCCAGAUGUUGUUGGACUCAACACCCAUCAGCCGCUGGCGGAGGAAGAGGAGUGGGGGGGAGCGCACCGCCCCUGGCAGCGCGAUACCAUUGGGGUGCCAUUGCGGCUGCCCUCCCGCCUGCGCUGGGUGCCACGCCCCUGCAGGCAGCGUGACCCGCCCCCAGGAUGCGCAUCAUACCCCUUGGGCGCACCAGCCCCGCCCCCACUUGCUCUCUGCCCCCCCCCCCCCCGGUGCCGGAGCAUGAAGCUCCGCCACUGCCAUCAGCCCCAAUGGUCAUAGGAGCUGUAGUCCAUCAAUAUCUAGAGGGCCACAGAUUCUGCAUCCUUUAUCUAGUGCAACUUUCUCACUAGUACAGGAAAUCCAGCACUACAGCAUCAAAAAGAAAGAAAGAUGGAGAACCACUAAUUUAAGGUGAUCAGACAACUUUCUUCUAUGGCUGCUUUCUGUUGGAUAAUCCAUUAUCAUAGACAUUAUGCCAACCAAUCGCAGCUGCUCACUAUUUUUUUCGGGGGAAGGCAUUACAGUUCAAUUGAAGAACAUAAGCUUUAAAUGUUUUUCUUUUUCUUCUUGGUUCUAAUGUAUUUAUGUGAAAGUGUUGUCUGUAUGUCUGUUGGAAUGUCCUGGGCAAGAUAAAAGGAACUGACAAAUUCAGUUUAUUAUUUAUUGAAUUUGUCAGUUCCUUUUAUCUUGCCCAGGACAUUCCAACAGACAUACAGACAACACUUUCACAUAAGCUUUUAAAACCUGUUUUAAAAAACCUCAAACCAAGAAUCUAGUACCUUUUGAGAUGGGCUUUUCCACUGUUGAACAGUUCAUAUCUUCCGGAAGUUCUUCCUAAUGUUUUGUUCAAAUCCCAGUGAAUAACUUCAAAGAUACUUUCUCGUUGCUUUCUAAAGCUAAGAGGAAAUUGAACACAGGAAGUGACUUCAUAUUUAUGUAAGAGUUGUGUUCUUUUACCUUUACAGGAGGAAGAAACUGUGAAUAGAUCUCCCAGAAACAGAAAACCAAGAAGAGAUUGA